AUGGAACACAGCCAACAAGCUGUCAAGGAUCUCGCUUCAUUCUGUCGAAAGAUAUAUCAGAACAACAGUAAAGAAAUUAAAAUCAUCAACGAAUUUGCCGAUACCUAUAAAUCAUCAAAGGCCAUAUGGUGGUAUACACGCGAAUGUUUCACCUACAAAAUGCUUAAUAAAGCAUUAAGAACUCUUGAUGGUGAUAUUACUAUUCGUAUGGGUUUCUUUUUAUGUGAUAUACACCGUCAAAUUCAAGAACUACACCAAAAACAAACUAGUCACCAUCAUGGCCAAGAAUUUACAGUAUAUCGAGGUCAAGGAUUAACAAUAAAACACUUAAAUAAACUGUUGCAAAGUAAAGGUGGACUUAUAUCUUUCAAUAGUUUUUUAUCUACCAGUACGACUCGUGAUACAUCCUUAAAUUUUGCUCGUAACAACUCAACAAAUCAGGAUGCGGUUGGCAUUCUUUUUGAAAUGAUCAUUAAUCCGAAUAUUUCUACUAGUCCUUUUGCCUUCAUCAAGGAUAUGAGUUUUUUUACUGAAGAGACGGAAAUACUCUUCUCCUUACAUACUGUCUUUCGAAUUAUCGAUAUACAAAAACUUGAUAAUGAUCAUCUACUCUAUCACGUUAAAUUGAAAUUGACGUCCGAUAACGAUCAACAACUGUGCCAUCUAACUAAUGUUAUACGAGAAGAAACUGGAAGUGGAACCGGUUGGAUACGAUUGGGUCAUUUGCUGGCCAAGAUAGGUCAAUUCGACAAGGCCGAAGAAUUGUAUACUGCACUGUUAGAACAAACGACUAAGGACAAUGAGAAAGCAAAUUUCUAUAAUCAACUUGGAUAUCUCAAAGAUGAUAAAGGACAAUAUGAUCAAGCAAUUUCCUUUUACGAAAAAUCUUUAGAAAUCAAACAAAAAAUUCUUCCUGAAAAUGAUGCAUCAUUAGCUACUUCCUACAAUAAUAUUGGUGGUGUGUAUAAGAACAUGGGGGACUAUUCAAAAGCAUUGAAGUAUUAUCAGAAAGAUUUAGAAAUAACGAAAAAAAUUCUUCCAGAAAAUCCUCUUGCGUUAGCUACUUGCUACAACAACAUCGGUAGUGUGUAUAAGAAUAUGGCAGACUACUCAAAAGCAUUGGAAUAUUAUCAGAAAGAUCUUGAAAUAUCAAGAAAAGUUCUUCCAGACAAUCAUCCUGAUUUGGCUAUUUCCUACAACAACAUUGGAUUGCUAUAUAAAAUCAUGGAUGACUUUUCCAAAGCUCAUGAAUAUUAUGCUAAAGCCCUAAAAAUACGAAUAUUAUCUCUUCCAGACGAUCAUCCCGACUUCGCUCAAUCCUACAAUAACAUUGGACUACUAUGCAGCGCUAAUAGUGACUAUCCUCAUGCAAUUGAAGCUUUUGACAAAGUACUUACAAUCCUCAAAAAAUCUCUUCCUGAAAAUCAUCCAUCAUUAGCUACUUCCUACAACAACAUUGGUGGAGUGUAUGAGAAAAUGGGUAACUAUUCCAAAGCACUUGAAUACUAUGAAGCAGCGCUUAAAAUACGAAAAAUAUCUCUCCCUGACGGCCAUCCUGACUUUGGCAUGUCCUACAAUAACAUCGGACUAGUAUAUAGCGCCAAGCGCGAUUAUUCAAAAGCUAUUGAAUACUUAAAAGAUGCACUUGGUAUAUUUCAAAAAUCCUUCUCAUCUACACAUCCGAAUGUUAAAAUGGUUCAAGAUAACAUUAACGCAGUAAAAAAGAACUUAUAA